AUGAUCCAGCCGAUGAUACUAGGGAGGGUUGAGCCCUCCUGGUCUAGGCAGUGCUGGAAACGGCACAACGGCGGCGGAGCAUCGAGAAACUCCAGUGGGGGCUUGUGA